ACUGUUGUGAUUCAUUAUUCAAAUGGGGAGAAUGCAAUGACAUAUGUUGCGUUAUCAUAUUUAAAUUAAAGUUAUUCUUCCCUUUUCAUUGUCAAUAUCGACAUUUCUGUUAUUCACAAUUUCAGUGAAUUCAAAUCCUUUAUUUAGUAAUAAACGGUUAUCUCUCAUCAAUUGUGGUAGUUAAGAAAGAGUGAUGAGAAUUUUAUUUAUAAAACAUUCUUAAUGAAACUUAAUUCAAUUUUUGAGGGGAAAACUUCAUAUGUUGGCAACCCUAAAUAUUUCCGUUUAUUUACAUUUCAAGCAUGUAUAGGUAUUUAACAUACCUGCAGCAUGUGAAACUAAUAACUAUUUGAAUUUGAAAGUAUAAUUUGUUUUCAAUGGCAUAUUUUUUUCAGUCAAACUCAAUGGCUUUGUUCAGUUUGGUUUACAGUAAAGUUUCACUUAAUAAAUUAAAUUUAAAUGUCUCAUUUUAUUCGUGCAAGUAAUAUACUUGUUUGAUAUUAUAAACUUAAAUAUUACGUUUACUAAAAUCUACCAUAGUUGCAUUCAACAAUAAAAUAUAAACCAUGAGUGAUAUUAAAACAGUGAUUGCCCCAGUGAACAUAGCUGUUAUAAAAUACUGGGGCAAACGGGACGAAGAAUUAAUAAUACCAUUAAACGAUUCCGUUAGCGCUACUUUAGAUACAAGUGUGAUGUGCGCUAAAACUUCUGUUAGCGCCAGUCCCAACUUUGUAGAAGAUGAAAUUUGGCUUAACGGGAAAAAAGAAUCUUUCUCUAAUCAACGUCUUCAAAACUGCUUGAAGGAAAUUAAACAAAGGGCUUCUGUUGAGAAGAGUGUUGAUAAUGUUUUCUUAUCUUGGAAAGUACAUAUUUGCUCAGAGAAUAACUUCCCUACUGCCGCUGGUUUGGCCUCAUCUGCAGCCGGAUAUGCUUGUUUAGUGACAGCUUUAGCAAAACUGUAUAAAGUCUCUUCAGAUGUCAGUUCCAUUGCUAGAUUGGGCUCUGGCAGCGCAUGCAGAAGUGUCUAUGGCGGGUUUGUUAGAUGGCAUGCUGGUGUGAACCCAGAUGGAUCAGAUUCUGUGGCUACACAAAUUGCAGGCUCUUCUCAUUGGCCAGAAAUGAGAGCAUUGAUUCUCGUUGUUGGCGACAGUAAGAAAAAAAUAAGUUCCACUAUAGGAAUGAAGAGAACAGCAGACACUUCCGAACUAUUGGAAUACCGCGUGCAACAUUGUGUGCCAAAGAGAACUGAGCAGAUUUCUAAUGCAAUAAAAGAAAGGAACUUUGCAAAAUUUGCUGAAAUUACUAUGAAAGACAGUAAUCAGUUUCAUGCAGUUUGUAUGGAUUCUUAUCCACCUUAUGUGUACUUAACUAAUGUUUCUCAUACAAUUAUUGAUUUGGUUCAUAAAUAUAAUGAAAUUAAUGGGGAAGCAAAAAUUGCAUACACUUUUGAUGCCGGACCAAAUGCCUGUUUAUAUUUAGUUGAAAAUGAUGUCCCUAAAGUGUUAUAUCUGAUUCAACAUAUUUUUCCAUCAUCUUCAAACAAUUUUGUAACUGGUCUGAGUUGCAAUAGAGAACCACUAAGCAAUGAAUUCAUAAAGAGCUUAUCUAUUCCAGUGCAAGAAAAGGAUUCAAUUAAAUAUGUUAUUUAUACAAAGGUUGGUGAAGGACCAACAGAAAUAAAAGAUGGUUCACACCUUUUAACAACUGAUGGAACACCAGUAAAGACAGUUUGAAGUAUAAUUAUCAUAUUACCUUACAUAUUUUUAUUACUGGUUGUGUUUUUAUUAAUUACUAUAAUACAAAAUUGUUAUUUAUUAAUUAGAAAUCAUGAAUUUUCUUGUAAUAGGGUUGUAAGUAGUUUAAAUUUAUUUUAUGAAUCAUUAAGUUUUGUAGGUAACUGUAUUUUGCUGGAUAUAUUAUGGAUCUAUUUUGAUUAGUGUUUUUUUUAAAUACAUGACAUUUAAGCAUUGUACAUUUUAUUGUCAAAAUGACUUAGGUACUCUCAUAUAAUAAUAUAUUCUUGAAAUCAUGAUAUAACAGAAUCUCUGCAGUAAACUAUUUAGCUAGUAAGGUUUGUUUUCCAUUAAAGUUUAGUCUUUUACAUUGUUCUGGAUGACAAUAAAACAUUGAUUUAA